AUGCUGACCUUGCGCCGCGGUGAGUCCGCGGUAGGUGGAGGUGGCAGCACGAGAAGUUUAGUUACACGCCGGCAAAUGACCAACUUUCUGUCGUGUAGAUUACCUGCCCUUAUGCAGUCCCCACCGGGCGGCAGCGCCAGCUUCUUCUCUCCCGCACGAAAUGAACGGUCCAACACGGGGCGUCGUGGCGGGAGUGACGGGCCGGCCGAUUCUGCCGAGGCCCGAGCACUGAAACGAAUAAUAGGCGGGAAAGGCGACGGCAAGGUGUUGACGUUGGCCGAACAAAUCAGAGAGCUGGCGGGUACAGGGUCUGUUCCGUGGACGACCGAGCUGGCGGAAUCCGUGCUGCUGACAACCGCACAGGCAUCGCGGAGCCUGUCGAACUUGUGGGCCAGCGACGCGGCGAUCCAGUUCUUGCUGCACGACGCGGCCCGUUCUACCGCGUCUGCCGCGGACGUCCCUCGAGGCAGCAACGAGGAAGUGCGCGGCGGAGAGAUGCGUGGUGCAGCGGCGGUUGAUCUUCUCUCCAACCCCGGCACAGCGCCGCUCCCGCACGGGCUCCAGCUUCAACAGAACGCCAAGCGGAUAGGAGAGAGGGCCCGCUUUGCCAUGGCGAUGCUGCAGUCACAGCAAGUCGCGAAGCGGCGGGCGCGUCUACGCGAGACGCUGUUGGUACCCGCGCGGCGGCAGCUGCUGAGGCUUCACCGCCUGAAAGCACCGUCUGCAGACGCCACGUCUUCUUCGUCCGAGAACCCGCCAACGGACAGCAAUCUCCACGACGGUGCUGCCUCCGUGUCGGCAAGGCACGCACCGCGCGUCAGCGACGUGAGCUCUUUAACGUCUCAUCAAUUCGACUAUCUACCGAGAAACGCGGACUUGGACACCUACCUGCACAACUACCUUCUCCCGUCGCUCUUCAAUGAGCUGCGGCAAUUCUGUGAAGAGGUUGGGCGCCGAUACGACGCUGCUGUUGCCGCCGCCGCCGCCGCCACCGCCACCACGAGCACCACCACCAUCGCAAGCACAGGCACCGAAGAGGAAUGUAAGGCGAACGAGUCUCCAACGAAUUUGCGUGCAGCGAACGCGCUCCCGCCGCCCCCCGUCACGCUCAACGACAGCUGCCUGCCAUCCUUGUCGGGGGCAGAGCAGGAAACGUUUGCGGUGCUGCUCUCCGUGCUGUAUCGCACCCUCCUGCAACGAGGAGUGGUCCGGCCGAGCGCGCACCCUCGCGGCAGCCGCCGCCACCAGCACGACCACCGGGGUGAUCAAUUCUAUUUUCACCCUUUUCAGACCAUCGCAACCACCCCUGAUACGAAGGGUGAACUGGCGGAGGGGUCGAUACAGCACUUAGACGGACUACCGCUGCGUGCCUUCGCCAUCACUCUGUCGAGCGUCGCAUCCACGGCGGACCGCAUCGCAGGGCCGCGCAGUGGGCUGCUGGAGAAGACGUUGCGACGCGCCAGCGAAAACCGCGCGGCUCUGCUUUCUCUCCGUGGUGGCGAGGACAGCGAAGGAGGUGAAGGGGGAGAAAUGGAAGGGGCUGCACAUGCACAAGACGGUGCGCAUCGCACCGCUGGUGACAGUGGUAGUGGUGGUGGUGGUCCGGCACGUCUUGCACGCACCCCCGCACCUCACCCGGCACGGUUUCAGUCGCGAAAGGAUCUACGCGACGCGUCUGCGUCAGCGGUGCCAGGGCAACCAACAACAUUAAUAGGCAACCCUUCAGCUGCACAGCCUGCUGUGGCUCGGUCGUGUGGGGCGAAAACCCUGCUGAGUCACCACAAAAGCCACGGCCGUCUAACUGACAGGAGCGCCACGACAACGGCACAUAAAACCGCGCUUCCGCCGUUUUCUUUUCCGCGCAACUUCAAUUUAGAGCCGCACAUCUCAACGUUAAAGUUCUGCUACCACGACCACGCCCUGCAGCUUCUCAUUGACACCGCUGGCGUACAUCCUCGCGAAGGUAGAACGAGUGAGGGGACGCCGAGUGAGGCAGCGCACCAUGCAACCCCUUCGCACGCGGAGAUGCGUCUUGAAGAUUACGUGAACGCGAUAGCGCAGGCGAGCUUAACGUUGCUGCAGGUCGCACUGCACUGGGCACCUCUCUGUCGCACCACGCAACUGCCUGCUGUCGCGCACGCGGUGGCGCACAUCCUACGGUACCCGCACACGCCGUCCGCGCUGAUGUUAAGGGACGUGGGCAGUGGAGCAGCGGCGCCGACGGCGUCGUCCGGGCUGAACGGCAGAGAAGCAGAGGCGGGCGAAAACGAUCGUGGAGCCGUGGCUGCCGCGCCAAAAGACGAGGCACCGCCACAACGUGACGGGACGACGACGACGACAACUACGUUAGACUACCGUGUCCACGCACGCCUCCAUCAGCUCUUUCUCGCUGCCUACCCCGACGGAACCGCCUUUGAACGAAUGACGCGCCGACUGCUGCGUUCCACAUUUCGGUACCUGAUGAAGCAGGUGACAGGCACGUUCCUCUCGACCGCGGCGCCACUCGAUCAGAUCUUCUCGCACUGGCCGCGUGAGCUGUCGGGGAGCACCGGCAGCACCCCAACCCGCGCCUCCAACAGAGAGCCACCAGCGUCGCGGCAGGGCGUCGUGUGCUACACCGCACCGACGUCUGCCACCACCGAUGUUCUUCUGUUUGGCGCGUUUAUGGAAGAGUGCUGGAGGAAGCUGAUGCGACAGGAGUUUUGGAAGUCCAUUCCCUCCGCUGGCGUGUUACCAUUCGGCGGCGGCGAUGGGUCCGUCAAUCGUGCGGUGCUUUGCAGCAGCGUGAAUCCCAACGACGUCAAGCGGGAGCGCAAGUCCACCGAGCUGCAAUUGUGGGUAUCGUCUGACGAGGAAGGCGGGUGGAGCUCCGGCAACGACGGCGCCGUGGCGCCCCUCGCCGAGACACGCAAGGCGAAGAGUGCCGCCGUGAGCCCCGACAGGGCGGAUCAUUUUUACCUCCUUCUUCAGGCGCCGCUCUUCGUCCAGUCGUGGCUGCACGACCAGUUGGGUAACAGCAUCGCAACCGUCACUCCUGACAUAAUGAUGAAGCUGCUGCGCAUCAUGGACCACAUUACAAACUAUCUUGCUAUCCCCAGCGUAGGCGGCCGCACACAUGCCGCGCUGUCGCUGCUGCGUGAGUGGCGCGCCACGCCGUUCGUGUCCGACGUGUUGUCCGGCUCGGAGGAGCUGUUCUUUGCUACGCGGGAAAUGCGUCUUUACGUGGCCUCGAUGGGGCUGCCCACCGUGCUGAUGAAGCCGGCCAGCGCGGAUGCGCCGUGCGAUGGCGCCGAUAGUUCUCUCGGAGGGGCUUCUUCCUCUCCCUUUUCUGCAACAUCGUCCCCUUUGCUGUCGCCCUCGUCGAGGGAUGCCGGCGCCAGGCUGGCGGUGCAGCAGUGUGUUCAGCGAGUGUCCUCCCCUCCCACUGUCCUCAUCCACUGGAUGGCGCGCAUCAACCCGCUGGGUCUGUACGUGACGCCCACCAACCGACUGUGCUCCACUUCAGCCCUGGCACUGCGGAAAUCAGAGGAAGCGAACCCUCAACGGACUUCCGUGGACAGAUCCGCAGAACAGCGGACCGGUGACGCGAGCGGAGAGACCGUGCCGCUGCUGCGAGACUUGAGGGAGAGUACCCUGUUCUGGCUGCCCACGUGGCGCGAGAGUUCGUUCUCGCUGCACGAUACCGCCACACUUCUGCGCGCGUUGAACAUCACCUGUCUGGCAGAGCAACGCAAAUCGAUGGCUGCGUCGCCGUCCAGCAACAACGCGGGGAGCAGGAAUACGCGUACUAACAGCAACAGCAACAGCAGCAGUCAGUUAGAUGGUGUGCACCGUGGCACAGAUCAGAGCACCGUGAUCGGGUUACAGGGUUGUGAACUGCAUCUCCCGGUGUGGGACGGGAUGGGGCCGCUGGAGCUGCUGCUGCGCGCGUCGCAUCGCAUGCUCUUCGCACCGCAAGACCGCGUCGCCGCGUCCCAGCUCUCGACAUUACCGACAGACGCGCCUCUUCAAGGGACGAUGGCGACCACGACGACGAAGACAGAGAAGGCGAAGGCCGCGGACGCCACGGAAGUCGCGGGAGGUACGUGGCAGGAGCGGGGGGCUGACGCGCUCUUCGAAGGAGACCCGCCCGCGUCGCUGGAGGCGCUGGUGACGCUUUACCUUUCCUUGUUGGCCGCCACACGUGAAUCAAACGCGCAGCUUGCGGAAACGGCCCCCGGUACCAGCAGCAGCAACAGUAGCGGCCGCAGCGUGCAGCACCCCAGCGAGCGUGCGAAGGCGGCGCAGCAGACGCUCGUGGUGUGGGCACCUUUUAGGAGUCCUCGGACGACUUCGAGGUAUGCACACAUCGCCCGCUGCCGCACUGUCCUGCGAUGUUGUCUGGCGGAGUGCGAGUCCGUGCUGCAGGAUCGUCUUCGCACGCGACGAUCAACGCACACUACAGUGGGCGUGACAGCAAAGGACGAGGAGAACACCGAAGAAGGGAAUGCACCUGCCUCCUGUGGUGCGCCGCGGCGAGGAGGGGAUCGCGCUGCCGAUGAUCUCGCCUCCAGCCUGGAAGCGCUGCUGGAACUGUCCAUGUUAGCAGAGGCAGUGUGGCCGAGGGGGCAUGUAACUCAAAGCGAAGGCAAUGCAGCGCGGCAAGGGUCAUCAAACGGCAGUAGUCGUAGUAGUCGCCGUUCUUGCGGCGAGGCUUUGCUUCCUCAACAGCUACUGGCGCUUUUCCAACAAGCGCUUGUCGCGCGGCUGCGGGCGUCUUCGCUGCGGGAGAUGGCGGCACUCUUGUCGAAUCAGCUGUGGUGGACGGCACAGCAGCAACAGCAGCAGCAAGGCGCAGCCGCAGCAGCGGCGACGACGGCACAAGUGCCGGCUUGCGCCUCUUGGGUGGAGCAGACCAUUUUGAAUGUCCUUGAGGAAAAAAUCUAUUCCACAAGCGCGCAAGCGCAGCCCGAUGGGGACGCCCGGGCAACCGUGAAGGAGAACUCUCGCGUAUCGCGCGAGCACGCAUUGCUACAUCGCAGUUUUGAGGUAUACGAGUGGGUGUUGAUGCCCUGGUACUUGAAGCUGGAGCUGCGACGGCACACGCCAACGAGGAGCUUGCCUUGUUUCCCAUCCGAUACAACAGCGGCAGCAAUCGAAGUGACCAUGAGGCCAUCGACGUCGGUGCUCGACGAUUUUACUUCUCUGGAGGACGCUUUUGACGAGCACAGCGACAGUGCUGAUUCGGACUGCGAUGGCGUUGCCCCAAUAGCGCCAUCCACCCUCCCGCGCCCCAUCACGACCGUCCGUUGUGUCUCCGGGGCCGGGACGUCCAUCGAGUUACACACCUCCCUUCUUUUGGAACGGGCGCUGAACGCGCUGGUGUCUCACUGCGAGUCUUUCGAUACCUUUCUGCACGUCGUGCGCUACCUGUUUCUCUCCCACCCUGUCACGCUCACCACCGCCCCCAUCGCCGCGGUGCAGCUCGACGCAAUGGCUGCGGCGCUGACCCCCUCACCCCGUAGCCGCUCUUCAGCCGAUGGCGCCUCCGGGUGGUCAACGACGACGUUGUCGUCAUCCGCUGCUGCUGCGCAGAGACAAAGUCUCUCGUUUGCGGAAGCCUGGCAGGCAAGCAACGCCUGUUCGCUCCCACAGCAAUGGGUUACUGUCCCACAGAGUCUGCGCUAUCGCUACGUGGACACGCUCUAUCGACUUUUCGUGCGACUCAUCUACUUGCCGAAUACCACCCUGGAAGACCUUUUCGAACUGCUGCACGUGCUCUGGUUGGCGGACCCAAGUGCGUCUCGCCCCGACCUCUCGUCGUCUGCCGCUGCGGUGGCGGGCGGAGGCGAUGGGAAGCAGCGCGGCAGUCGGCGCACGACGGGCGGGGCGGCCGCUGCCUCGACGUGGCCCAGUCUCUUCCAGCGAUGUGCCGACUUCACUGUCCAGACGCUGAGUGCCGACAAACACGACGAUGCGGUGCUUGACGGGCAGCGGCAGCAGCAGCAGCGUCUCACAGUCCCCGUCAUCCUUCAGAACCUUCGCUUGAUUUUAGAGAAGGGCCUGUUGACUGUGGUGGGCUCCGUCAACGAGCCGAUGUGCAUCGCCGCCAUGCAGCUGCCACCGGUGCCCGUGCUGCUGUUCUUGAGUGGCCUCGCGACUCAGGUGCGGGACGAGCGCGCUGCUGUGGCGCAGCUGGAGGAUAAUGAGGAGAGGGAUCAAGACCAGAGUUCACCUCGCCUGACACCUGCGCAGCACGCGGUGCUGGAUCUGUUGGAGCCGUUCGUGCUGUACACCGUGGUCACCUCAGAGAUGUUAUUCGACUUGCCCAAAGCCACGUAUUUGCCGCUGUUUUUGGAAGUGCUGAGUGGGCUGGAGCCACGGCUGGUACUCAACGUUAUUCAGGCAGCCUUUACCGGGCGGGCGACCGAUCCCCGGCGCGCCGGUCGCGGGAGGCGAUUCAUCUCCUCGUCCGAAUCCUCCGUUGUUGGUGGUCCAAAGCACAUACCCAUUCGUUCUAUGUUCUCCGGUGGUUCGAAUCAAUUUGAAGAGCACGCCCGCUGCGUGGCCGCGAUAGUGUCUUCCAUGGUGAUGGUGGCCGGGCAGGCGCAGGCUUCAUCCCUUGUGUGGGCUUCCGUGGACAGCCAGGCAGCGGCAGCGGCGGCGGCGGAGGAAGAGGAGGAGGAGCAAACAAGCGGUGCGACGGACAAGGAAGGUGAAGCAACCGGGGAGCUGCGCAGGCUCUUGCCCGGCAGCAGCGCUCCGGUGACGUUGCUUAGAAAGGACGAUACGCGUGUGCAGGUAGGCCGGGCGCACCGGCGUGCCCUCGGAUACCUUUCCGGAGAGCUCUACCGUCACUUGAUGGUUCCGCUGCACUGGCAGCCGCUUCGCCUGACCGAUCCGGCGAUGCUGCUGCGGCUCCUUCAGAUUUUUACGGUGCGCCGCCACCGCAGAUUGCAUAACACCCUUGUGUACCUGAUUUUUCGACUGCUGACGACGACAGCUGUAGUCUCGGCAGGUUGGGAUGGGGUGCACGCACGGCCACCUCCUUGUCUCCGAGUUGCCGCCUCGGCUUCCCGGCGCACGGACGCUGCAGCGAAGCAGCACAGGGAUCCUGCCCCCGAUCCUGCGUCCCGCGAGACACCGCGCACUGCCCUCUCCCCGGUUGGGCACCUGCUGCUUCGACAGCUGUCGUUGUCGCAGUGGCGUGAGUUUUUCUAUCGCGACCUCCGUCAUGGCGUGUACAUACCGUACCAGCGAAGGUUAAAACUGCGACGGAUAAAGGAGAUACAACUGCAGAGACAGCAACGUGGUGCCGCGUUGUUCUCCACACUGACCGAGACUGCUGGGACCUCCCAUGAGGUGCGGCAACGUGCGGACGUGGAGGUAAACGGCGCUAGCGUUCCGUGGGCGAUUGGUGUAAUGGAGUCGACUGAUGUCUAUCGAGAGCGUAUAACGUUGGGCACGGUCGUGCUGACGCUGGACGCGGCGUCGACGCAGACCCUUGUGCACGACAUCAUGUCCCCGAGCGUCUUGCUGACCUUCACGGCGGACCUCCUGCAACGGCACUGGUGGAAUCGUCGUUCCACGGGGCGACAAGCCGAAGAGGUCUUGCUCGCUCGCACGGGUCUCGGUGCCGCGGACACGGCCGCGCUCGAUGCGGCGCAGGAGUCGUCGCCAUCUCCCUCGAGUGCAUCGACCUACGCCGUUCUUCUGCGUUACGCCUCCGUCAACUCGGUGCUGCGCGAAGCCGCGCUGCAGCCGUUCUUGAAGGCAGCCGGCGAAGUACUAGACCAGCUCGCGAGUGCCAAGGAACAGGAGUUCCUCGCCGUGCUGAGCCGAGAGGCAGCGUGGCUGUAUCAGGCUAAAGGUGGAGCGGCGCAGCAGCAGCGGCAGAAGCAGCAACAGCCACAACAACGCGACGUACGGGAGGGAAAUGCCGCCUCCCGUCAGCGCGAUCUUACGGCGACCGCUGCAAAUGAAAGCGGUGGAAACGUUUCUGGCGCGGGGGUGCGGGAGGGCCGCCAUGCGGGGGCAGCAGCAGUCGCCGCCGCCACGGGGCCCUCGGCGCAAGUGGGGGACAUCGGAGGCGACGAGCUCGACGCUGCCGAGAGCCCACCGGAGGAAGCCGCGGAAGGGAAAGAGGCCAACGCGGUCGAUCCGUUCCGCCGCACCGCGGAGACGCCGCAGGAAGACCAGUUCGCAGACUUGUGUGCUGCGGGUCCGCUGGUGCUGGAUUGGCAACCCAUUGCGCGGCUGCUACGGGUGAUCUACCACGUCGACCCGGGUGUCAUGGAGCGCCAGUUACGGGAGGCGUGGCGAUCGCGCCGGGGGAAGGCGCUCCCCGUCGCCUCCCCUGUGGAGGCACCGCUGCAGCGUGAUGUUUUCCACGGCGGCAUCGAUGCCAUGCUGCACCACGUCGGGGAGGUUUGGCGGGCUUCGCCCUCGGCUACCGCGGCACGCGUUGGAGGGGAUGAGCCAUCAGCACCACAACCUCAUCAUCAUCCGCCGCCGCCGCCGCAGCGCCUUGUGGUGAUGAAUCUGCAUCUCGUUUUGGAGAUGUACGCCCCCUACAUGCGUGGUGUUCCGAGCAGCUACCCCCACCAGCACAACUGCAGCAGCAGCAGCGGCAGCAGCAGCGCAGAUUGGCUGGACGCGGGCCCCGUGAGUGGCGGUGCUGCCUCCUCUUCUUCCGUUUCUUCCGCGGUUUUCAAUGAUGAUGCGGCGCGAAUGGAGCCCCUCGUCUGGACCGUACGUGCGUUCCAAACCGCCACGACGGUGACCGCAGACGGAAAGAAGAACGUUGUGGCGGCCGAGAUGGCCAGGCGAGCACGCCGUGCAGCAUUGAUGCGGCGGGCCGGGAUGCUGAUCUCCGCGCAGGAGGCGGAGUGGGCUAUCCGCACUUCCGAAGGGGCGAAAUCAGCUGGGAGAGAGAGCCCUGAUGAUGGGGAGGACGAGAAGAUGGGUAGAAUGGAUCCAGACGUGUACUGGCAGGAGCGGCUGCUGCGUCUGCACCAACGCGUUGUGGAGUGUGUCUUCGGCGAGCCGGAGAGCCUCUCCCGGCCUCUGCUCGUGCCCGCGGCGAACACGAGCACCAGCGUUCAGAUGGCAGGGAGCGGGAACCCUGAACCGGAAACGGCCAGCACGACGGCGGAUGAUUAUGUGCGCCAGGUACAUCAGCGAUUAGAGCUCAUGCGCAGCGAUGAUGUAGCACAGCUGCUGGGGUUGUUGCUAAGGCUGCCCGACGCUGAUGGCGCGUCUCGGUCUAUGACGGAGGCCACCGUCGCCUCCGCUGCAGCCGCGCCGCACACGAGAGAGUCCGAGACCAAAGUCAUGCAAGCACGUGUGUUGAUGGAGACGCUGACCGAUCUGCUGCCUAGUGCGUCGCAGCGGGAGGUGGUGCGUGUGACUCAGGAUCUUCUCCAGCGCUACGUGGACGUGAUGGAUGCCGGUGAUGCGCCGGCCACGACCGCAUCCACUACCGGUGCUGCUCCAACCGCGGCGUCUGCGCGUGCAAUCGCCUUUGAGAUUCGCCGGCUGCUGUCUAGCGUAGGCGUCUUGCUCGCCAACGACGUGGAGCGCGUCACCACGGCCCAGCUGGUGUGGCUGCUCUCCCGCCUGCACACUCCACGCCUGCGCGGCGUCGCAUCCGUGGUGGCGGAGAAGGGAAAGGACGCCGCAGAUCAGUCGCAGCGCACCCGGCCAGCCGAGGCAGCAGGCAUGGCCCUCGAUGUCUCCGAGUCCUUCUUGUCCGCCGCUGUUGCCCGCACCCUCACGAUUGUGUUGGCGGACGCGUCCGCGUUCGAAGCCCCACCUCCAGUGAUGAACGUGGACGCUGCAGCAGCGGCGACGGAACCAGGGAAAAGCAACGUGUUGACGGUAGGUCAGUGGAUGACAGCGGUCUCGGCUGCGGAACUGCAGCCUUCGUCCACGACGGUGACGGCGCUGCUGCGGUUGAUUGAGGCGUCCGCGUUGUAG